UGGGUGAUGGAGCGCAGAGGCACCCUUUUUUCUUUUCUUUCUUUUUUUCCGGUGGGCAUCAUAUUAAUAGCAGCGGCCGAUUCUGAGGGUUUUAUUUAUCUGAGCGUACUCGAGGAUAACACGCAAUAACUGGAAUGAUGUUAAGAGCGCCAUGGCGGCGGAUGCUGUAUCCGGUUAGUGCGGAGAUGUGGGGUGAUAGAGGCUGGGUUUUGGGGGUCGAGGCCUACAAGUAUCCGGUAUGGAGUGCCCUGCCAGAGCAUUUGGGUCCGAAUCUAGUGUGGGUGCUCACCUACGCACAGGCAAUUCGCCAUUCGAAUAUUUCAUCCCUGUGCCCGAGCGCUUCAUGCCCACUUGUACAGUACUCGAGUACAUCACUGCCAUCUGUACUGUACGCUUUUUGGAUAGGCCGUUCCAUCGUAUGUGGUUGUAUCUAGGAACGGCUAGAGGGGGAGCAGUUUGCCCCAAUCUGGGUGCAUCCGACAUCUCCCCAAUCUUCCUCAAGUCUCGAACCGGAGGGGGGAAAAAAAGAGAAAGGAAAAAAAAAGGAAAGAAAGAAAAAAGCUCAGCCAGAUAGAUAGAAUAGGGCAGGAUAAACUCUGGAGAGACCCUAAAGAGAAGCGUGGACCGGAACCCUUCUCUCGGAGGAUUCUAUCGCCAACGGACACUAAGGCGGGUCGGGACCGAUCAAGCUAAUACCAAUCAUACGGUGAAAGUGUCACUCUGGGAUUUAUCCCAAGUAUAUUUUUCCGAGACAAGAAUUCCGGCGAUUCCCGCCAUUUUUCCCCAUCGUCCUGCACAAAUACGAUACCCAACCAGCGCAUCUCCUCUACCGUUACCGUGUUGCAAGCAGUCGAUCUGCAUGCAUGAUUGCUUUUUCCUCGCGGAUUGAUUAUCUUAUUCCACCAACUGAGGGGGGAUGGAAAUAUCUUUCUGCCGAAUAAUACGAUAGCGGCAGUGCUCGUGGAAGGGUGGGAUUGAACUUAGGGGUGGGAUCAAUACCGAGGGGACGGUUAAAAGUAUAUUCUUGAGUGGGGGGGAUUGAGAAAUGGCUUGCCAGAUUUCCCAACCAAGGGGUUGGAAAAGUCGAUUUAAAAAGGAACAGUCUCGGAUGGGACAGUUUAGCUGAUCCGAUACACCGCCAAGUUCCUCUCACCUGCCUCCAGAAAUUCUUGUGUGAUGUGAUAUACUGUAUAGUGUGUAUGUGCGAUUGUGCGUAUGUAGGUACUGUACGAGUACUCGAGUAGGUACACUGCUCGAGCACUAUACGUGGGCAUGUCGGAUGUAGUUUUUUCUUUUUCUUUUUCCCUUCUUCCUCUUUCCUUCUUUUCCUUUCCUUUCUUUUUACCCCUUCCUCUCCCUCUCCCAUUCCUUGAUGAAGGUGGAAGGAGGGAGUGUGAAAGGUGAGUGAGCACGAGAGGGUGCAUGGUGGUAUCGUAGCUGGUCCACUUCUCACCGACAAAUGGGGCGUUCAACAGGAGCGGAGGAAAAAAAAAAAAGAAUUGCGC